AUGGGUUCAGAAGAACAAAAGCCAACGCCUGAGAAUGGCACACUGUUCCAGGGCUUCGAGUGGAAUGUCCCGGAUGAUCACAAACACUGGAAGCGUCUCGCUGAACAGCUCCCUAAGCUCAAAGCGAUUGGUAUCACUAACAUUUGGCUACCUCCGGGUUGCAAGGCCGCGAAUCCGAAGGGUGUGGGCUACGACAUCUAUGACCUAUACGAUCUGGGUGAAUUUGAUCAGAAAGGCGCCAAAGGCACGAAAUGGGGAACAAAGGAAGAGCUAUUGGAGCUCGCCAAAGUUGCCAAGGAACAUAAUGUUGGCCUUUACUGGGAUGCCGUGUUGAAUCACAAGGCGGGUGCAGAUAGGACAGAGAAAUGCCGCGUUGUGGAGGUCGACGAGAACGAUCGAACAAAGGAGACAUCGGAUGCCUACGAAAUCGAGGGGUGGCUAGGAUUCGACUUCCCAGGACGCGGUGAGCAGUAUUCCAAGAUGAAGUACCACUGGGAGCACUUUUCUGGAACCGACUACAACCAGGCCAACGAGAAGAAAGCCAUCUACAAGAUUCUGGGCGAUAACAAGGGCUGGUCGCAAAGUGUGGACACGGAAUCCGGCAAUGCUGAUUACAUGAUGUUUGCAGACAUUGACUACUCGCACCCUGAAGUUCAAGAAGAUGUCAAGAACUGGGGUGUCUGGAUAACCAAAGAACUCGGACUUAAGGGAUUCCGCCUCGAUGCUGUGCAGCACUUCAGCUCCAGAUUUACCAACGAAUGGAUGAAGAACCUCCGUGAGCAAUGCGGAGACGACAUCUUCAUUGUGGGCGAGUUCUGGUCGGGCGAUGUGAAAGAAAUGAGCGAAUGGCUCGACGGCAUGAACCACGAAAUUUCCCUUUACGACUCUCCGUUGCUUAACAAGUUUGGCUCGCUAUCCACGACGGAAUCGGCCGAUCUAAGGACAGUGUUUGACGAUUCACUGGUCCGGCUGCGGCCGAUAGAUGCUGUGACGGUUGUCACUAACCACGACACGCAACCGGGACAGGUCAUGGAGACCAAGAUUGAGGACUUCUUUAAGCCGCUUGCAUAUGCACUGAUUCUGCUGCGACAAGAAGGAUACCCAUGUCCGUUCUACGGUGAUCUGUACGGACUGUCGGAGCCCCACGAAACACCGGCGUCGUGCGGUGGCAAGCUUGCAGACCUUAUCCUGGCGCGUAAGCUGUUUGCAUACGGAGCGCAGGAGGACUACUUCAACGAGGCCAAUUGCAUUGGGUUCGUGCGCCGUGGGACGUGGGACAAGGUGGCGGGUCUUGCAUGUGUGAUGAGCAAUGCGGGGCCAGGGCAGAUCAAAAUGGCGGUUGGCGAGAUGCACGCCGGGGAGAAGUGGAGCGACGUGCUUGGAUGGGAGCAGGGCGAGGUGGAGAUUGACAGCGAAGGCUACGGAGUGUUCAAGUGUCCGGGCACGAGCGUCGCGGUGUGGGUGCGAAGUGAUGCUGAGGGACGUGAGCAGUUCCCCACCAACUUGGAUGCGGAUGUGUAUGGCCAGGGAUCGUCUGCGUAA